AUGGGUGAACAAGAUGUGGAAGGACAAGGCGGCCAGCGCAUUGCCGCGUGGCGGGUGGCAUUGAAGUCGUUUACAUCGCAGUGGUUCCUCGUACCGCAAGGCACUGGCAUCCUGUCCAUCAUUCUACACAAUCUCCACUACCACUUCCAUGGCCUCAACAUCAUCAGUCAAAUCCUUUGGGUCAUCACGUUCAUCACGCUAAUCUUCUUCGUCUGUAUCUAUCUGGUCCGCAUCGCACUCUACCCGCGCCAUGUCUUCACUAUCCUCUCGACCGACCCGCAGGAAACGGCAUGCUUGUCUUCCAUUAGCAUCGCCUUCACCACCAUCUACGCCAUGAUAGCGCUAAACCUGCUGUCUUGGAGCUUGACUUGGGGCAUGGUGGCAUAUGUCAUGUUCUGGAUCAAUGUUGUGCUUACCGCCGUCACGACCAUCGGUAUCCCAUACAUACUCACGUACGUGGAGGGCCCGGGUAUCGAUGGCGUGGCACCUAGCGUCUUCCUACCUCUGAUCUCGAGUCUGACGCUCGCGGCGGGAGGUGGUGUGGUGUGUCGAUAUGGAGAGCUUGGAGCCAAUCUACAGGUCCCGGUCAUUAUUCUAUCUUACAUCUUCCUGGGGAUGGCACUGCCGACCUCAAUCGCUUUUGAUGGAGUCUUCAUGGCCAGGCUGUUCGAUGGAGCAUACCCGCCUCAGCAAAAGGUUUAUCAGAUCAUGAUCCUGUGCGGUCCACCGGGACAAGCCAGUUUUGCUCUCCAGGUCUUGGGCAAUGUUGUGCAGAGAGGUGCCUUUGCGUCAUACGACACUUCGAGCUUUAUCGGGCCGUCUGGUGCUUCUACGAUUGCAACGACGAGCGAGUUUCUUGGUCUAUUAUACUGGGGCUUCGGCACAUUCUGGUGGGCUUUCGCCUGCCUUGCAAUCUUGCAUUACACCAUCAUAGCGCCUAAGACUCUGUUUAAAUGGGAUCAGAGUCUGGCAUCCUGGAGUCUUGUCUUCCCAUGGGGUGUCUACACGAACGCGGCGGUGCAAUUGGGCGUUGUGCUGAACAGCCGCGCCUUCUGGGUGUGGUCGACAGUGCUGGCACUUAUAUUGGUCAUCUUGUGGUUAGGCAAUGCUUUCGCGAGCUGUUUCGGCGUUGUCACUGGAAAAGUACUGGGAUUGGAUAAGGGAUGGGGUGGCAAGUACUAUACCAGUAGCGCGGAGGAGGAGAAAGAAGCACAAAGUUAG